UCUCCGGGCCUGUCGGUGUGAACACAUCCUGCAGACCGGAGAGCAGCUUCAGCUCCUCCGUCAGACGUGACGUCGCUGGUCCCCCACUGAAAAACUAACUCGGCCAAAGUUUUGUAUGAGGGAAAAAAAACAACCAGCCCAAAAUACUCUGGACUCGGAGUCUCGGAAUGUGCGGACAUUUGCAGUCAAACACCGCAUCCCGCCGUCGAAAUGUUCCUCCGGUGUCCUGGUGCCGUGGACUCCGUGUGUGCCGUGGCCGUCGUCUGCCUUGUGUUGUUGGCGAAAAGCAGUUUGUGUGUCACCGAAGAAGACGAUGAAGUCCUGGAGAAAAGACAGCUUGUGGAGUUUUACAAAAAGAGUCUUUUUAUCCUGGAGAGUGAGCAGUUGAAACGCUGCAUCAAAGUGGAUCACUCCAACCUGGUGUUGGAGGACUGUGAGCGGCCCACCCGUCGCAUGCUGUGGAAGUGGGUGUCGAGACAUCGCCUCUUCAAUCUGGGCACCAGCAUGUGUCUGGGCCUGAACGUUUCGGACACAACGCAGCCCCUCGGCAUGUUCGAGUGUGACACCGCUCUCCCUCUGCUGUGGUGGCGCUGCAGCGGAAACAUCCUGCACGGGGCGUCCCAGUGGAGGGUGAAUGUGGCCGGACGCUUAGUGGUGGUCAAGAAAAACUCCCAUCAUACCUGGAAAAGGUAUAACACUCCCAGAGAAGGACCCUGCUCAUACCCGUAUGAAGAUAUCCAUACUUUGUUGGGAAAUGCACAUGGUAUGCCCUGUGCCAUGCCCUUUAAGUACAACAACAAAUGGUACUCAGAGUGCACAACUGAAGGCCGGGAGGAUCACCUGCACUGGUGUGCCACCACCACUCGCUAUGAUGAUGCAGAACGAUGGGGCUUCUGUCCAGUUCCAGAUACCAGCUGUGACCCUUUCUGGGAGUCCAACCAGGAGCUGCGUGCAUGUUACCAGUUCAACUUGUACACCAUCCUCACCUGGAGUCAGGCCCUGUCGACCUGCCAAGCUCAAGGAGGAAACCUGCUCAGCAUCACCAGCCUGUCAGAGCACAGGUACAUCAGAGAUCGACUGGCGACUGUAGGAGCGAUGGUGUGGAUUGGACUGAACCACCUGAAGGAUGGUCGGGGUUGGCAGUGGUCUGACAGUGCACCUCUGUCACUGGUCAACUUCACCACAGCUCUGCCUUCAAGCCCACUUCAGGACAACAGGCAAUGUGGAGUGUACAACUCAGCCUAUGAGGGUCACUGGCAGGGUCUUUCCUGUGAGUCGGCUCUGCCUUAUAUCUGCAAAAAGACGCCGAAUGACACCCGGACAGCCGAGCCACUGGAAAAUUGGCAGUACAUUCAUACAGUGUGUGAUAAUGACUGGUGGCCUCAUAAUGGAUUCUGCCACCGGGUAAUACCAGAAGCAGAGGCAGGAACAUGGGAGGAGUCUUCCUGGGCCUGUAGUUCUCAGGGAGCGAACCUCAUCAGCCUCCGGUCCCUGUCUGAAGUGGAAAUGUUACUCAACCUCCUAGCCAACUUUUCUGGGGAGAAUUCGGAGGUGUGGAUUGGUCUCUGGAAACAACCAUCGUCGCCAACUGUAGAGUGGUCUGAUGGCUCUCCUUUGACGCUCACACUGUGGCACCAGUAUCAUCCUCCUCAAAACCUGACUGAUACGACUCUUUGUGUCAAAGUUGGCACUAAGGAUGGUACCUGGCUUUUAACGUCUUGUGAUGAGCGACUGCCUGCUGUAUGUAGAAAAACAAGCCAGACUCCUGCUCCUCACUCUGGAAUAUGGGAUGAAGGUUGUCCUGAGGGUUGGAAGCGACAUGGUCACGCUUGCUACUUUGUGACAGGCCAUGAACAAAACUAUGAAGAUGCACUGAUGGGAUAUUACUGCAAGGCUCCUCUUCUUACUGUGGAAAACAGGUUUGAGCAGGCGUUUGUCAACAGUUUGCUGAGUGAGAGCGGGGCCAACAGCAGCUUGUAUUACUGGAUAGGCCUCUUUGACCAGGAACAGAAGGGAGAGUACAGCUGGCUUCCUCAUAAUGGGUCCUCUCUGGCGCUUACCUUCACAAACUGGAACAAACACCAGCCAGUCAGUGCCGGUGGUUGUGUUGCCAUGUCAGGUGGUCCCGCUCUGGGUCACUGGGAGGUGAAAGACUGCAAAUCCCACAAGGCUUUGUCAGUGUGCAAGCAGAGUAUCAGUAAUUACCAGGACAUCCACCUACCUGUGAACCACAUUGAUGCUUACGCCCCCUGUCCUCCAGGGUGGGAAUCACACUCUGGGCUUCUGCACUGUUUUAAGAUCUUUCAUGAUGAAAAAGUCCUGAUGAAACGUUCCUGGGUGGAGGCAGACUUCUUCUGCCAGGCCCUCGGGGCUCAGCUGGCCAGUUUCCACCACUAUGAGGAGCAGGUGUUUGUGAAGCACCUCCUCAGUACCAUGUUUGAAGGAACAGAGGGGCGUUGGUUUUGGAUGGGCUUAAACAAGAGAGACCCUAACAUCCCUGGAGCCUGGGAAUGGUCUGAUGGGUCUCCUGUGGUUACGUCCUUCAUAGAAGAUAAGAAUGAGGAGGACGACAGGAGGGACUGUGCUGUUUACAGCGACCUGACCAACGCCCUCAUGCCAAAGCCGUGUGAUACCAAACACGAGUGGAUCUGCAAGGUCUCCAGAGGUGAAAAACUGAAAAAACCAUACUGGUACACUGAGCAGAGCGAGCCUUGGGUGUUUUACCAUGGAGCUGAAUAUCUGCUGGCCAAGCAGCCGUUUAACUGGGACGCUGUGUCUCUGGCCUGUCAGAUGAUGGGAGCCUACCUGCUGUCCAUUCACUCCAGAGAAGAACUGCACUUCAUCAAAGAGCGCUUACGGCGGCUCUCCCUCGGUCCUACUGACUGGUGGAUCGGCCUCUCCAUCGCCCAGCCUGGACUGGAGACCAGGUGGAAUGAUGGGACAGAGAUAGAGUUUCAGAACUGGGCAGAGGGCGUCACCAAUGUUGGCUCGCGGAAAAGCGGGUUGUGUGUUACCAUGUCCUCUGCAUCAGGGAAGUGGUCUACAAAUAAAUGCAGUGAUCUCCAUGGCUACGUGUGCAAGAGAAAGACUGUGUCUGUGGUGGAAACUCCCAGGGAGCCACACUACAUCGGAGGAUGCCCAGAGAAAUGGCUGUACUUUGGACACAAGUGUCUCCUGCUUCACCUCCCUGACAUUCCAAAGGAGGGAAAAAGUUGGAAGGAUGCCCAGUCCAUCUGUGCCUCCUUCGAGGGGUCACUGGUUGCAAUAGAAGAUGAAAUUGAACAAGCCUACAUCACGAUGCUCCUUCAAGGCAGCUCUGUGGGCGUAUGGAUCGGUCUGCGGGAUGAGGACACCAUGAAAUGGACCAAUGGGAGAGCAGUCACCUACACCAACUGGUCCCCAAUUGAACCAAAGAGCUAUGUCACUGAGGAUGAGUGGCUCAGUGUUGAGGACCCGUUGUGUACUGUUCUGUCCAACAACCAUAAUUUCCACUUGACUGGGAAGUGGUAUGAUGAGAAGUGCAGUGAGACUGGGUAUGGCUUUGUUUGUCAAAAACCUCAAGAUAUAUCCAAACCCCCCACCCAUUCCUAUCACCAACCCCCCACUGAUAAUAUUGAAUACAAGAGCCGCAACUACAAGGUUGUGUCUGGCAACAUGAGCUGGUACGACGCGAUGCAAAUGUGCAUAGAGAAUCAUGCUGACCUAGUGAGCAUUACAGAUGCCUACCACCAGGCUUUCCUUACUGUCCUUGUCAACAGAUUGGCCGUUCCACACUGGAUUGGACUAUACAGUCAAGAUAGCGGUAUCAACUAUCAGUGGUCGGACGGCAGUGACACAGUCUACACACACUGGGACGGAGCCGAUAAUGAUGACGACUUUGUGACAGGUGAUUGUGUUUACAUGGAUGUGAGCGGAGGCUGGCGGAGAGCUGACUGUGAAUCCACACUACCUGGAGCCCUGUGUCAUGUUCCCCCACCAAUGAAUAAAGCAUUUAGCACAAACGAGGUGGUGUGUCCCUCAACGUGGGUGAAAUUUGGAAAUGGCUGUUAUAACUUUGAGCCGGUGGUGCAGAGGCUUACACUGGAGGAAGCACGAGAGCACUGCAGACACAAAGUGAACACCUCCGAUGUUGUAACCAUUGAAAAUGAGACAGAGAACCGUUUUGUUCUGGAGCAGCUCUGGUCUUUAGGAUUCCUUCAUCAGACUGUGUGGUUAGGAAUGUACUACAACAUUGACACUGAUUCUAUGAGCUGGGUGGAUGGUUCACCAAUGGACUACACCAACUGGCCCAACAAAGCCCCUGACACCAGGAUGCUGACUGCAGAUACCUGUGUGUCUACCAGGGUGGUUGACGGAGUCUGGUUCCUGUCAAGGUGCACUGAGCGGUUAGGCUUUAUCUGCAAAACUGUCUCAAAUGUAAUUACUGAAGUGGAAGUGGAGCCGUUAAAUGGUUUGCAUCAUGGUAUCAUCCCCGCUGCAGUGCUGGUGGCUGUAGUGAUCUUUGCCCUGCUGGCAGGAGCGAUGUGGUUUGCAUACCGGAGGAACGCUGCACGUUUUCGGGGAAUCCCUGCAAUUGGCAGCGCUUACUACAGACAAACCAGUUCACAGGCGACAGAGUCGGAUGGAAACGUGCUGAUCACAGACUUAGAAGCUCACUCAGGAGAAUAGCAAACAAUGACUCUGCUUUUUUUAGGACUGCCUUAUUGUUCUCCUCUUCUUUUUCUGUUUCUCACUAUUUCACCAUCAGGUAUGAAUGCCCAAGACACUGUAAAGCUGUGAUGCUGACUCCUCAGGACAGUGGUGAGAAUGACAGCAAAUGUUUUUUUAAUAAUAUGUUUGAAGGAUUUCUGUUGCUUCCUGCCGUUCAUUCAGAUGUUCACAUUAAUGUGCUGACUCAUUUUAAUAUUACGAAGAUUAAAGAAAUGGUCAAUAUAUUAAAUUUCUUGUAAAAACAGUAUUAAAGAAGGGAUGCUCGAAUGCUUUAAACUUAAGGUACUUAACUCAACCUGGUAUACUUCUACAGUGUUUGGAUGUAGACAAUCGAACCUGGAAAACAGUAUUACAUUGAAGGUUAAAGGUUUUGUCUUCCAUUAAUGAGAGGCUAGCAUAUUUGACUUUUUAAAGGUGAUUGUAAUGUUAAGGAUUCUAUUGUUUUUGUAGCAUGUCUCAGUUUUGUCAGUAUUACUUUUUUUGUUAUUGUGUACUGAACAUUGUUAUCAGAGAUUUUUUAAAACAUGUUUUAUGGAAAUAUGUAAAGCACAAUUUACACAUGGGGCUUUUAUUUUUGUCUUUUUCAUUUACUUCUGCUGAUGCAAAACAAAUUAUAAGAUGUAUUUUGCACAAUUUUUCAUGUUUUAAUAAAUUGAAGGUAGGCCUAAUAAACCGCUGUUAUUACUGAGUUGCUGUA